AUGCAGCAGAAGGUGGGAAGACUGACUCCGGAAGCAGAGCUGGCCAGGAGAUGUCUGCAGCUGAGCGAGGAGAUGAGCCUGCCAGAUAAAAUGGGACACACCAAUGCAGAAUGGAGAGCUCUUCAUAUGGCCGCCUGGAAUGGGAACACUCGCCUUGUAAAACAACUGCUCCAACAAGGAGAAAAGAUUGAUGACAGGGAUGAACUUGGCUGGACCCCUCUACACUGUGCAGCUUCAAACGGUCACUUGGCCACAUUAAAACUGUUGAUCCAACGAGGGACUUCUCUGAAUACCCAAGACGCCUCGGGCUGCACCCCUCUCCACCAUGCUGCAUGGAGUGGCCAUACCAACCUGACCGAAGUACUUCUUAAGCGCGGGGCCAAUGCCACAGCCCCUACAAAGGGAGGCCUCACGGCCCUGCACUUAGCCGCUGCCAAUGGGCACACUCUCAUCACCCAGCUCCUACUGAAACAAAACCUGCACCCAUGUAUAGGUGACAACAACCAAUGGAGUCCUUUACACUGGGCCACAGUGAGUAAUCACGUCCAUAUCAUGGAUCUGCUCGGUGACUAUGGGGUCCCUCUAGGACUGGAGGCUGCUGGGAAUCUUACCCCAAUGCACAUCGCUGCAGAGACUGGAAAACUAGAAGCUUUGGGCUACCUGCUGGAAAAGGGAACUGAUGUGAACGCUCAAGACCAGCUAGGCAGGACUGCGCUGGCUGUGGCAGCCAAUAAUGGUAGCUUGGAGGUGAUCCGGCUAUUGUUGGAGAGGAAAGCUGAGGUGGACAUCCCAGAUAAACAUGGACGGACAGCACUACACAGAGCAGCGGGUGCGGGACACCUCAGUGUUGUACAGAUGCUUGUUCAGAAUGGAGCCUCUGUAACUACAAAGGACAGUCUGGGCCUCAAUGCAAUGCAGAGGGCGGCCCUGCUGGGACACCUCCAAGUGUCUACUUACCUACAAGAACAGACUGCAUUAACUGAGGAUACGCCUUCAGAAUGAAGCCCUAAGGAUUGUCCACGUUUGAAAAAAAAAUAAA